AUGGAAUGUCUAGCUCACAGAGCCCCAGCGCCUGUCGCGCUCGCGAACCCCAAGGUCGAGCACAGGCUUCCUGCUUCUUCCGCGUCGCUUAAGUUCGCCGCUAGCCCCGCUCUUGGUAGCAAGCUCGUGGCGAAAACUCGUCAAGCUGCACGUGCGAGCCAGCCGCAGCUUCGGCGAACCACCCCUCGCUGCGAAGCCGCACCAGAAGGCGCUGCUCUCACAGCUCCUGAAAAGAAAUCCUCAAGCGACGAUACCAUUCAGCAGUUUCUGCAGCGUGAUUACAAGUACGGGUUCGUGUCGAACAUCGAGAAUGUCCAGAUUCCCAAGGGAUUGACGGAGGAGACAGUGAGGCUGAUUUCGGCGAAGAAGAGGGAGCCGGAGUGGAUGCUGGAGUUCCGUUUGAGUGCGUUCCGACAAUGGCAGAAGAUGACCGAACCUGAGUGGUCGGACAAUCGCUACCCUAAGAUUGACUUCCAGGACGUGAUUUACUACUCGGAGCCGAAGCAGAAGGAGACCAAGGCGUCGCUGGACGAGGUCGACCCGGAGCUGCUGGCGACCUUCGACAAGCUCGGCAUCUCCAUCUCGGAGCAGAAGCGCCUCGCGAACGUCGCCGUCGAUGUCGUCUUCGACUCCGUCUCCAUCGCGACGACCUUUCGCGAAGAGCUCGCGAAAGCCGGCGUCAUCUUCUGCUCCAUCUCCGAGGCCGUCCGGGAGUACCCGGACCUCGUCCGGAAGUAUCUGGGGAAGGUCGUACCCGUCGCGGAUAACUACUACGCCGCUCUCAACUCCGCCGUUUUCAGCGACGGGAGUUUCUGCUACAUUCCUAAAGACACGAUCAGUCCCAUGGAGCUCAGCACGUACUUCCGUAUCAACGCCAUGGAAACCGGUCAAUUUGAGCGUACCCUAAUCGUGGCGGAUGACCGGAGCUAUGUGAGCUACCUGGAGGGGUGCACGGCGCCUUCGUACGAUAAGAAUCAGCUGCACGCGGCGGUGGUGGAGCUGUGGACGGGCGAGGGCGCGGAGAUCAAGUACUCGACGGUGCAGAACUGGUACGCGGGCGACAAGGACGGCGUGGGCGGGAUCUACAACUUCGUCACCAAGCGCGGGCUGUGCGAGGGCAAGAACUCCAAGAUCUCCUGGACGCAGGUGGAGACGGGGUCCGCCAUCACGUGGAAGUACCCCUCUGUGGUGCUCAAGGGCGACAACAGCUCCGGCGAGUUCUACUCCGUGGCGCUCACCAACAACAAGCAGCAGGCCGACACCGGCACCAAGAUGAUCCACGUGGGGAAGAACACGCGCAGCCGCAUUGUAUCCAAGGGCAUCUCAGCAGGGCAGUCGCUCAACUGCUACCGGGGGCUGGUGCAGGUGCAGCCCACAGCACAUGGAGCGCGCAACUACUCUCAGUGCGACUCCAUGCUUAUUGGGGAUAACGCCGGCGCUAACACAUACCCUUACAUCCAGGUGAAGGAUCCGACGGCUCGAGUGGAGCAUGAAGCAUCCACGUCUAAGAUUGGGGAGGAUCAGCUCUUCUACUUCCAACAAAGAGGAAUCGACGCCGAGAAGGCAGUGGGCAUGCUCAUCAGCGGCUUCUGCCGUGAGGUGUUCAACGAGCUGCCUCUGGAGUUUGCCUCUGAGGUCAACCAGCUCAUGAGCCUCAAGCUAGAGGGCUCUGUUGCCAUCCCUCUCACCACCUCCCCCUCCGCCUUAUCGCGUCCGUUCCGGUUCCCCCAAAUCUCUGCCGCUCAGUUUUCCUCCUCAUCGCGAAGACAGUCGAACACCUCCGGCCGUCAACGUAGCCGUCCGAACGACCGUCAAAACAGCCGCCAGAACGACCGCCAGAACGGCCGUCAGUUUGGCCGGCGAGUUAGUGGCGACGCUACCAAGACAAGCAGGCGUGCGGAGAGGAUCGGGAAUGAGCAGCGAACUGAGACGCGUGGUAGAAAAGAGACAUUCAGGGGAAAGAGGAGUCGCGACGUUGGGGAUCAGAGCGUUGGGAGAAAGAGGACCUAUGACGAGGAGGAGAAGAUUGGGAAUGAGAAGGGAAUUGAGGCGCCUGGUAGAAAAGAGACGUUCAGGAGAAAGAGGGCUCCGGACGUGAAGAAACAGGGUGUUGGGAGAAAGAGGAAUUAUGACGUGGAGGAGAAUGUCGGGAGUGAGCAGAGAGCUGAGACUUCUGGUAGAAAAGAGACAUUCAGGGGAAAGAGGGGUCGCGACAUGGAGGAUCAGAGCGCUGGGAGAAAGAGAAUUCGUGGGGUCGAGGAGGAGCAGACGGUUGCGAGACACGGCAGGGUCAAGUUGAAACAGAAGAGCCACGGGGGCGUUCAGCAGCAGAAGCAGCAACCGGGGUAUGAACCCACGCGGCAAAAGCAGCAGCAGCAGCAGCAGCAGCAGCAGCAAGGGCAUGAGCAGCAGCGAAGCUCGCUAGCAGACGACACAGGGAAUGGUUCAGUCCGGUGGCGACAGCUGGCACCGGUUCACUUCCCCUCUCUGCUUCCCGUUCAGGGAACUGCUGUGGGGGGAAGAGUCAGGGACGGAGGAGGGGUGAGGGAGGAAGGUAGGAGCAGGGGAGUGCGUUACAGAGCAGGCAUUAUAAGGGAAGAUGAUGAGGAAGGUGGUGUAGACGCCAAAGGGGCGGACGCGGGGGUUGUGAGUGCACGCAAGUGGGUGGCAGUGUGCUGCCCGCACAUGCCAACCAGCCUUGUCAAUAAGCUGUUCCGAAAGAGACUGGUAUCAGCCAGCCAACUGCUCCUUCCAGGAACCAUCCUGUGCAUCCCUUCGUCUGUCCAAUUGCACACCGAUUUUGAAGCAAGUGCUGCAACUCGGGCUGUUGCCUCGUCUGUCUCCUCUGCCGCUCCAUCCUCUUCUUUUUCCUCCUUGCCACGUGGCAUUCAACCAGAGGAUGUCAAAAUGCUGCAGAAGUGUGUUCUAUACAAGGAUGAGCACAUCCUCGUUAUCAACAAGCCUCCAGGCCUGCCCUCCCAGGUAACGCCUGCCCUCCCAGGUAACGCCUUCCCUCCCAGGUAA